ACAUGACAGCAAUAUAUCUUUGAAAAUGUUUUCACAAACAGAACAUGACAGCAGCAUGAAGUCUGGAAACCCACAAUGCGCUUAUCACCCAAGAUCCACUCGUCAUCCUAGCUCCGUGCUAAGAUAAAUCGUCACACCCCUAAAAGCCACUGAGAACGGGGGGAAAGUGCAUUGAGUCAUUGACGUGUCUUUAAAACCAUCUUCUUGCGAUUAAACAUAGCCCAAAAAACGUUGAAACGCCCAACGAAGAUUAUUAGUGAAUUGCUUCUCGCCUAUGUACCAAGGCGGAACAGUUUUCUGCCUGCCUAUGUUUCACUUAGGAUGACAUUCGUCUGCGGAAGUGUUUCUGUGCCUGACAACCAUGAAACUGAAAGAGCUUGAAAGUUGUCUUCAGCAAGUGGAUGUAUUCGAGCAACCAAAGAUUCUGCUAGAACAGUAUCCAACAAGCCCACACAUAGCUGGCUGCAUGCUUUACACAAUCCACAACACAUUUGACGACAUCAAGGGUAAACUGGUUGCAGACCUGGGGUGUGGAUGUGGAGUCCUCAGCAUAGGAGCAGCUGUUCUUGACGCGGGGCUGUGUGUUGGCUUUGAAAUUGAUGAAGAUGCAGUUGACAUAUUCAAAAGCAACGUGGAGGAGUUUGAACUCACCAACAUUGACGUGGUCCAGUGUGAUGUGUGUUGUCUUGAGGCGUUGUCAGUGGCAAAGAAAUUCGAUACUGUCAUAAUGAACCCCCCUUUUGGCACAAAACACAACCAGGGUAUUGACAUGACAUUUUUGAAAACUGCAAUAAGCAUGGCAAAAACAGCGGUAUACUCUCUUCACAAGACAUCGACUCGGGAACACAUACAGAAGAAGGCCAAUGACUGGAAUGUGAAGAUGGAGGUAAUCGCAGAGCUCAGAUAUGACUUGCCUGCAUCAUACAAGUUCCAUAAAAAGAAAUCAGUGGAUAUCCAAGUGGAUUUUAUCCGAUUCACAUUAAAGUAACGUUUGGGCUUGGAAUCAUUGACUUGUUUUGUUUGUUUUUACAUGUUUAUAAUAUAACUAUUGGAAUCAUGAUUGUAAUAAACAGUUGAAAAUACACCUGAA